AUGACUGAUACUAUACCAAAGUUAAAGUUUAAUAUUGAUAGAGGUGGUACUUUCACAGAUAUCUAUGCAGAAUCACCGGUGGCACCAUACUACUUCAUCGAGAAGCUACUCUCUGUAGACCCAGAGAACUACAGUGAUGCACCACGUGAAGGUAUCAGAAGAAUUCUUGAGAGAGCAACUAAUAAAUCGAUUGAUAAGAACAAUGUUGAUACUACUCAUAUAAAGUCAAUUAGAAUGGGUACUACCAUUGGUACCAAUGCUUUGUUGGAGAGAAAAGGUGAACGUGUAUUACUUGUAAUUACCAAAGGAUUUAAAGAUCUAUUGCAAAUAGGCAACCAAGCAAGACCGAAUAUAUUCGAUUUGGAAAUACAUAGACCCGAUCUAAUCUAUGAAGAUGUUCUGGAAGUAGAUGAAAGAGUUUCUGUUUCAAGUCUUGCUGCCACAUCAGACACACCGACAAAAGACAACAUAGUUAUAUUGAAAUCACCGGAUCUACAAAAGAUUAAAGAUGAUUUAAUUGUAAGAGAACCGAUCAGAAUAGAUAGUGUAUCGAUUGUAUUUAUUCAUUCUUAUACAUUCUCUUUACAUGAAGAGUUGGUCGGUAAGCUGGCGAAGGAAGUAGGAUUCAGUCAGGUGUCGCUGUCCUCUCAGUUGAUGCCGAUGAUCAAAGUGAUUCCGCGUGGUGUCACCUCGUGUGUCGAUGCCUAUCUAACACCAAAAAUUCAGAAUUACAUAUCAAACUUUAUCUCUGGUUUCGAUGAGAAUAUCAAAGAUGUAGAUAUAUCGUUUAUGAUGUCGGACGGUGGUUUGUGUCCGGUCGACAGUUUCCGUGGAUUCCGAUCGAUUCUUUCGGGACCGGCGGGUGGCGUCGUCGGAUAUGCGCGUGCCACCUGGAGCGAGGAGAACAGACAACCGGUGAUUGGAUUCGAUAUGGGUGGAACUUCGACUGAUGUCUCGAGAUUCAGUGGUAGCCUCGAGCACAUCUUUGAAACAGAGAUAUCGGGACUCACCAUUCAGGCACCGCAACUCGACAUUACAACGGUGGCUGCCGGUGGUGGAUCGAAGCUAAAGUUUCAAUCGGGACUGUUCUCGGUCGGACCGGAAUCGGUCGGUGCUCAUCCCGGUCCGGUUUGCUAUCGUAAGCAAGGUGAGCUUGCUAUUACCGAUGCCAACUUGGUACUCGGUCGUCUCAUGCCAAGCUAUUUCCCAUCGAUAUUCGGUCCGACACAAGACCAACCUCUGGAUGCAGAAGCAUCGAUUAGAGCCAUGACCAAGCUGACAGAGGAUGUCAAUGCAUUCCAACAGUCACAAGGACUGCCAAACAUGACAGUCGACGAGGUAGCAUUUGGAUUCAUUCGUGUCGCCAACGAAGCAAUGUGUAGACCAAUUAGAAAUAUCACUGAAGCCAAGGGAUUCGAUGCAUCUCAUCAUAUUCUCUCGUGUUUUGGUGGUGCUGGAGGUCAACAUGCCUGUGCAAUCGCAAUGAACCUUGGAAUGCCAAAAGUAUUCAUACACAGAUUCUCUGGUAUUCUAUCAGCAUAUGGACUUGGUUUAGCUGAUUUAGUUGUUGAAAAACAAGAACCAUCGUCAUUGAUUUAUAAUAAAGAAAAUCUAUCAACUUUUGAAAAGAGAUUGGAUCUAUUGGUAGAUGAAGCAAAGAAGGAGCUGUUGGAAAAAGGUUUUUCAGAUGAUCAUAUUGUUAUUGAAAGAUAUUUGAACCUUAGAUUCUCUGGUACAGAUACUGCAAUGAUGAUUCAAGCUCCGACUGACAAUGACUAUGAAAAAGAAUUCAAAAGUAAUUACAAGAGAGAGUAUGGAUUCUUGAUUAUCGGUAGAGAUUUGUUGGUCGAUGAUAUUAGAGUGAGAGCAGCUGCCAAAGGUUCAACUUUGAAACCAAUCGCCAUUAAUGAUGCAGAGUCACCGGAAGCACCAAAAGCAAACCGAUUCAAUCAAGUCUAUUUCAACAAUUUAGGAAGAGUGAAUACGCCAGUGUAUCUGCUGACUGAGUUGUCUGGUGGACAUGUAAUUGCAGGUCCAUCUAUCAUCAUUGAUAACACCAGUACCAUUGUUGUUGAACCCGGUUGUAAAGCUACCAUUCUUCCAAACACCGGUAACAUUGAGAUUACCAUUGGAAGUGGUGCACCAAAGCAGGUAUCUACCACGCUGGAUCCAAUUACACUCUCUGUCUUCUCGCAUAGAUUCAUGAGUAUUGCAGAGCAGAUGGGACGUACUCUCCAGAGAACAUCGGUGUCCACCAACAUCAAAGAGAGAUUGGAUUUCUCGUGUGCUUUGUUUGGACCGGACGGAGGUCUGGUCGCCAACGCUCCACAUCUUCCAGUGCACUUGGGAUCGAUGCAAGAAGCUGUCAAAUGGCAAAUCGACCACUUGGCUAAAGAAUGGCACGAAGGCGAGGUAAUUCUUUCGAAUCAUCCACAAUCGGGUGGAAGUCAUCUGCCAGAUAUGACUGUGAUAACACCGGUCUAUCAUGAUGGUGCGCCUGUCUUUUACAUGGCAAGUCGUGGACAUCAUGCGGAUAUCGGUGGAAUUACACCGGGAUCGAUGCCACCAUUCUCAAAGAAUCUCGAAGAGGAAGGUGUAGCCAUUCGAUCAUUCAAACUGGUGAGAGACGGUUCAUUCCAAGAGGAUGAAAUCAAGAGAAUAUUUGCCAAGUCACGUAACUUGUCUGACAAUCUUUCCGAUUUGAAAGCACAGGUCGCCGCCAACAAAAAAGGUAUUUCUCUGAUGGAGGAAUUGAUUGGUUACUAUGGAUUGGAUGUAGUUCAUGCCUAUAUGCAUCAUGUACAAAGAAAUGCAGAGUUGGCUGUUAAAGAGAUGCUCUGUGAGAUCUCAUUGAAGCAUCAAUUGAAAGAAAAAGAUACACUAUAUGCCACAGACUUUAUGGAUGAUGGAACACCAAUCAAACUAGCACUGACCAUCGAUCGUAGUAAUGGAACCGCUUGUUUUGAUUUCAAUGGUACUGGAUGUGAAGUUUUCGGUAAUACAAACUCGCCACCCUCUGUUACGAAAUCUGCUAUUAUCUAUUCUUUGAGAUGUCUGGUGAGAAGAGACAUUCCUCUGAAUCAAGGUUGUCUCAAUCCAAUAACCAUCAACAUUCCACAGGGCACCAUUUUGUAUCCAUCGGAAGACGCUGCCGUGGUAGGAGGUAAUGUAUUGACUUCUCAGCGUGUUACCGAUGUAAUUCUACUUUCGUUUGGUGCAUGUGCAGCCAGUCAAGGAUGUAUGAACAACCUCACAUUUGGUGAUGAAUCCAUCGGUUACUACGAAACUAUCGGUGGUGGUAGCGGUGCUGGUCCACAUUGGAAUGGAACCUCCGGAGUACAGUGUCACAUGACCAACACCAGAGCAACAGAUGUAGAGAUCAUGGAGAAAAGAUAUCCAGUCAUAGUUAGACAAUUUGGAAUAAGAACAGGAUCCGGUGGUAAAGGUCAAUUCAACGGUGGAGAUGGUAUCAUUCGUGAAAUUGAAUUCCUAAAGAAUAUCUCUGUGAGUAUACUCUCAGAGAGAAGAUCAUUUGAACCAAGAGGACUAAAUGGUGGAUCGAAUGCACAACGCGGUAUAAACUAUGUCUAUAAGAAAGAUGGUAGAAUCAUUAGUUUAGGUGGAAAGAACUCUAUCAAUUUAACAAAUGGUGAUAGAUUAAGAAUAUUGACUCCUGGUGGUGGAGGUUAUGGAACACCAUCAAACAAAUAA